UGAUUCUGAUCCUGGUCCUGACCCAGUCCAGCCCAGAGCCACUUCUAGUCCCAGUCCCAUAUCAGUCACAGGCACUGUCUUGUACCAGUCUCAGGCUCAGUUCCAUCCCAGUCCCAUCCCAGUCUCAUACCAGUUCUGGUCCUUUUCACAGUGCCAGUGCCAGUGCCAGUCCCAGCUCAAUCCCAGUUCCAUACCAGUUCUGGUCUCAGGCCCAGCCCAGUCAAACUCCAGUCCCACUAUCAGUCCCAGUUCCAGCCCAGCCCAGCACCCACGGAGAGGCAGGAACUCACAUCCGAGCCAUUCUGGUGGAGUUUCCGACAGGAAAACAACAAAGGCGUUGGACAGAGAGGACGGCGGCAGCGCCAUGGACUGCGAGGCCAAGAAAGGGAAGAAGGGCUUCGUGUCACCCAUCCGGCGCCUGGUGUUCCCCAAGGCUGCGCGGAGGACAGCGCUCCGCAGCAGUGUCUACCGGCGGCCGCUGCACUCGGUGCCGCUGUACCCCCCCGACUACCUGAUCGACCCCCAGAUCCUGCUGCACGACUACGUGGAGAAGGAGGUGAAGUUUUUGGGCCACCUGACCUGGGUGACAGCCUCACUGAACCCCUCCAGCCGGGACGAGGUGCUGCAGCUGCUGGACACCGCCAGGCAACUGAAGGAGCUGCCCCUGCAGACAACCCCGGAGCAGGACAGCAUCCUGAGCCUGUCGGCCCGCUGCCUGCUGCUCACCUGGCGCGACGAUGAGGAGCUGAUCCUGCGCAUCCCCACGCACGAGAUCGCCGCGGCCUCCUACCUGCGUGACGACGCUCUGCACCUCCUCAUCCUCAAAACAGGCCUGGGAGUGGACCCAGUUCCCGCUGGAGCACACCCCGAAGCGGCCCCGAUGCCGGAGGUUCCCCCGGCUGAGAAGCGCUCGGGGAGCGCGUGGCCGGAGCCUGGGCGGCUGGGAGGCGCGAUGGAGCGGCGGCACACCAUCUGCAGCCUGGACUGGCGUGCGGCGCGGGGCGGGCAGGAGGGCCGGCAGGGCGGCAGCCUGGAGAGGCGGAGGGGAGGCAGCUGGGAGCGGCGGCAACGCGGGCGGCCGUCGGGCAGCUGGGAGCGGAGGCAGCCGUGCGGCGGCAGCUGGGAGCGGCGGCGGAUCGGCACGGCGGGAGGAAGCUGGGAGCGCGGCACCGGCUUCGGCAGCUGGGAGCGGCGGCACCCCGGUGGCAACCCGCUGGACCCCCAGGAGCCGUGCCCCGACGCCUACUCCAACCUCGUCAUCCUCGCCGUGUCCAACAGGGAUGCGGCCGAGGAGUCCUGCGCGCUCAUCUGCCAGGUCUUCCAGAUCAUCUACGGAGAUCAGAGCAUCGAGUGCGUGGAUCGCGCCGGGUACCACUACACCUCCACGCCCACGCGGCCCUGGCUCUCCAGCAGGAGUGACAGCUGCCGCACCGACGGGACGUAUGGCUACGACGCUGACUACAGCUGCUGCAGCUCCUUCAGCAACGGUUCCCAUGAGACAUUUGAGGCGUAUUAUAGCGGGACAUCCUCACCCUCCUUCCACCAGUCCCACCACAGCCUGGCCACCGCCUGCAGCGGCAGCGACCAGAGCAGCGUGGGGCUGGAGCAGCUGCAGGACUACAUGGUGACGCUGCGCAACAAGCUGUCACCCCAGGAGAUCCAGCAGUUCGCCCUGAUGCUCCGUGAGUACCGGCUGGGCACGCCGGUGCAGGAGUACUGCGCUGAGCUCCUGCGCCUCUACGGGGACCGCAGGAAGUUCCUCCUGCUGGGGAUGAGGCCCUUCAUCCCCGAUCAAGACAUCGGGUACUUUGAGAACUUCCUGGAGAGCAUCGGCAUCCGGGAGGGCGGCAUCCUCACCGACAGCUUCGGCCGCAUCAAGCGCAGCAUGAGCAACACGUCGGCCUCGGCCGUGCGCAGCUACGACAGCUGGUCCCUGCGCUCUGAGUCUGAGUCCUUCAACCGCAUGAUCACCGACAUCACACACGACAUCGAGGCACUGGCGCGGGAUGAGGAGGAGGAGGAGGAGGAGGAGGAGGACAACUACCUGUGAGGGAGGCACAGGUCACCAUGGACGGGACAGGGCUCUGCUCUCAGCUGGGCUGGUGGCAUCUCAGGGCGGUGUCGGUCCGAGGGAGCCCUCGCCAGCAGUGCCAAGUGCUGUAAUUUUUGCAGAUUGCAAUUAAAUGAAUGAGAUGGGA